UGGGAGCAUAUCGCUCGCUUCAGCGCCCAGCCAGUGGAGAGCAUCGAGAGCGUGAAAUCGAGAGUGGAAAAGCUAACCGAGUCGAAAAAAGAAGCCGAAAAGGAAUUGAAGCAGCUGCGAGAGAACAUCAAGAACGACCGGGAGAAUUGGGGUUCCGAGCGGCAGAAGUUACUGGAAGAGCGAAUACGGAAUAACGAGAGCAGGAUCCAGGCGGAAAGGUCGAGACUCGGCGGCCCGUCGUGGCUGGACACCCUCCGCGGCGUCCUGCCCACCGUCCUCACCGUCAUCGGGAAGAUCAUCAAACUGGCUGCCGGCGACAAGAAAACUAUCUGCAUCAUCGGAGUGACCGGAAGCGGGAAGUCCACCCUCGGCAACGUCCUUCUCGGGAGACCAAGAAACGACCCGACCGGAUUCAAGACCAGCGCCUACAGCUCCAGCUGCACCCUCGAGGUCGAGUCCCUCGACGGUCGCUGGCUCGGAAACGGUGACGCCAUCCGCGUGAUGGACACGCCCGGCCACGGAGACGCGGGGGGCCGCGACCAGGAGCUCAGGAGAAAAAUGGUGUCGUCGCUGGAAAAGGAAGGGGCAGUGCAUGCCUUCAUCUGGGUGAAGAAUUCCCAAAAACCAAGAUUCGACUUGCUGGAGCUAGAGCAUUUCGACAUAUUGAAGGACAUUUUUGGAGUCUCCUUUUACACCAACCUGAUCGUAGUCUUCAGCAGAUGGAGUUUCGAUGCGAGACGAGAGAGACUCCGCCAAGACGAAGGAGUAACACUGGAAAAGGCCAAAGAAAGCCUCCACACCUCCCUCGCAGAACACUUCCCGUGGGCCAGGGACCGCCCCGUGCCCAUGGCGGCCGUCGACGCUUGCUUCGCCGAGGACGAUCCCGCAGAAGCGUCUGCCUUCCGAGCCGAAACGGCGUCCCUUUGGCGGUGCAUCGACCAGCUCGCCGCCAGACCCGUGGAGAGCGUUCAAACGAGGCGCUUCAGAGACCAGGAGAUCGAACGGGAGAAGAAUCGGCAAAGGCUCCAAACCGAAAUGGCAAGGAGACAGCUAAUGGGGGAAAACACCAGACGAGCCGAACCGGAUAGACGAUGCCAAAUCCUCUGA